UCCGUGCAGGUGCAGAGGCAUCUCCUCUCCUCUCGAGUCCUCCCUCUUCAUCGUCAACCAGAUCACACGAACCAAACCACCGCCUCCUCCCUCGAGCCUCACCGCCGGCGCCCAUGGCGACACGCUACUGGAUCGUGUCGCUGCCCGUGCAGUCACCCGGCGCCACGGCCAGCUCCCUGUGGUCGCGCCUCCAGGACUCCAUCUCCCGACACUCCUUCGACACUCCGCUCUACCGCUUCAACGUUCCGGAUCUCCGCGUCGGCACCCUCGACUCGCUCCUCGCCCUCAGCGAUGACCUCGUCAAGUCCAAUGUGUUCGUGGAGGGCGUGUCGCACAAGAUCCGGAGGCAGAUCGAGGACCUCGAGCGCGCCGGAGGGGUCGAGAGUGGGACUCUCACCGUCGAUGGCGUUCCCGUCGACACCUACCUCACUAGAUUCGUGUGGGAUGAGGGCAAGUACCCCACAAUGUCUCCGCUCAAGGAGAUUGUCGGCAGCAUCCAGUCGCAGGUUGCCAAGAUUGAGGACGACAUGAAGGUUCGAGCAGCGGAAUAUAAUAAUGUAAGGAGCCAGCUUAGUGCAAUCAACAGAAAGCAAAGUGGGAGCUUAGCGGUUCGUGAUCUUUCCAAUCUGGUAAAACCGGAGGAUAUGAUCACCUCGGAACAUCUUGUCACACUCCUUGCAAUUGUUCCCAAGUACUCCCAAAAAGACUGGUUGUCAAGCUACGAGACACUUGACACAUUUGUGGUACCUAGGUCAUCUAAAAAGCUCUAUGAAGACAAUGAAUAUGCUCUCUACACUGUAACACUAUUCGCUAAGGUUGUUGACAACUUUAAGGUCCGUGCUCGCGAGAAGGGUUUUCAGGUCCGUGAUUUUGAGUACAGUCCUGAAGCACAGGAAAGUCGGAAGCAGGAGAUGGAGAAGCUACUGCAAGACCAAGAAGCUAUGAGGACCACUCUUCUUCAAUGGUGCUAUGCCAGCUACAGCGAGGUAUUCAGUUCCUGGAUGCACUUUUGUGCUGUGCGUGUCUUUGUAGAGAGCAUUCUUAGAUAUGGUCUGCCGCCGUCAUUCCUGUCUGCUGUUCUUGCACCAUCUACAAAGAGUGAGAAGAAAGUAAGGAGCAUCUUAGAGGAGCUCUGUGGCAAUGCCCAUAGUCUUUAUUGGAAAUCCGAAGACGAUGUAGGCAUUGCUGGUCUGGGAGGUGAAACUGAGGCGCACCCUUACGUCUCUUUCACCAUAAAUUUUGUCUGAGACCAGUAUGUUGUAAGCUGUAUGUGGCCCGGGCAAUAUUUCGAAGCAGCUAUUGAAACCAAGCGAAAUGAUCGUGUAUAUUACUUGCGAUACGCCAAUUCUUUGUUGAUUUAUCGGUUCAUGUGGUCCUGUAAUUCAUAUCAGAGAGAUAAGCCGAUCAAUAAUGUAGUUUUUGAGGAACCUAUGGAAUGGCUGAAGAAGGGCGGCUCCGCUCUCUGGACAUGUUUCCCUGCAGUAUUGCACCUUGGGAGUGCCUUGUAAAAAGCCUUUGUGGAUAACCUGUGUCUGUAGCAGUUGGCUACUGGAUUUAUUUAUUUACAAUAAAAGCCAUAUAUGAAAUAAGUAACUUGAGUUUGGAUUGUAAGUACUGGUAUGUUUCAAAGUAGAAAAACUGGAAUGUGGAGCUA